GCGAGGACAGGCUUAAUGCUCUUGACAGAUGAUGACAUCUUUUCCAGUGCAUUUUGUGAAAACUCUGAGAAGCUUAUCAAUGUACAUUUGUUUGCCCUGGCUGCUAAGUAUUAUUCUUUGUCCAGCCUUGGAAUGUGCACCCCAUUAGAAGAUGUGCUUGAAGCACUGAAAGGAGACAGUGAAGGAGCGACAGGUAUCAAACCAGAUGAGUUUAUGAAUAAUAAGAAAUCACAUGAAGUGCAGGUGAUGUCAGAGCUGGUAUACAGCAUAGCAAAUUAUUGUGGGAUAAAGCAGGUGAUUGAUAUAGGUUCUGGGAAAGGCUACCUGAGUUCGUUUUUGUCCAUGCAAUAUAACUUCAAAGUUUAUGGCAUUGACUCCUCAAGCUCCAACACAAAUGGUGCUCAUGAAAGAAAUAGAAAAUUGAAGAAACACUGGAGAGCAUAUCAGAGUCGAGGAAAAGAAAGCCUCAAAAGACAGAGUUUGGAAAUGGCAAAUGAUAAGCCAGUGGAAAAUGAAACUAAUUGUAAAACAAUCAAUAAAGAGCUCUUAAAUAAUGCCAGUAGUCUUCCAAAUCAGAGCCAAGUGAUUAUUCAAGAUUUAGUUCCUUCUUGUGGUUUCACAGAAACGGCUACACUCAAAACCAACACAGAAACUAAAGCUGAUUUAGUGACUGGGACACAAUCUCAUGAGACCAAACUUUCUGAAGAGGUUCUUGCUAUUCUAAAUGUUCUUCCUGUUGAUGCUGUGGAAGAUUUUUCUUCAUCUCAUUGUAACUGUGGGGAACUCUGUGAAGAGGAAAAAGUACAAAGAAAAACGACAUCUCUCAAGACUAAAGCAAGAAAGUCAAGUGAAUCGAACCUGUAUUUUCCAUUGACCUCUUGCAUCACUGCAGAAACAGAACUCACUGACAUCAUAACAGAUCUGGAGGACUGUAUGAUGGUGGGUCUACAUACAUGUGGAGAUCUUGCUGCAAAUACACUCCGAAUUUUUACUGCCAAGCCUGAAAUCAAAGCUGUUUGCAGUGUGGGCUGCUGCUACCAUCUGUUGUCAGAACAGUUUGAAAACCAAGAAGAAUGCCACGAUCAAGUCUGGGGAUUUCCCAUGUGUCAGUACUUGAAGGACAAAGGCUGGUGCUGUGGCCGCAAUGCUAGGAUGUCCGCAUGCUUGGCUUUGGAGAGAGUUGCAGUUGGCCAAAUGCUGCCUACAGAAUCAUUGUUUUAUCGAGCUGUUCUUCAGGUUAUUAUAGAAGAAAUUUAUGGUGUCACCAAAAGUGAUCGACAUGUUGGGAAAACCUUCUCCAAAUCAUCCUCCUUCAUAGAUUAUGUCAGACGGUCUCUGAAAAAGCUGGAACUGGAUGAUUCAAAGCUCCCAGACAGCUGUAUAAUGGAUUACUAUGAAAAGUACAAGCACAGAAUGAAUGAGCUUGAAGCAUUUAAUAUGUUGAAGGUUGUUCUGGCUCCUUGCAUAGAGGUUUUGAUACUCCUGGAUCGUCUUUGCUACCUCAAGGAGCAGGAAAACAUUGCCUGGUCUGGACUUGUGAAGUUAUUUGAUCCUGUGAAGUCCCCAAGAUGCUAUGCAGUUAUUGCUCUGAAGAACCAGUAAUGUUCUUAAGUGGAAACAAAUUGGAAAUUGAUUCUGAACUGAUAAUGCUGUUUCCUCCCUUUUACCCUUUUAUUUUUAAUUGAUUCCUCAAGUACAAUGUUUGCUUUUCAGAUGCAAAAGAAAAAAGUGCAAUGCCUCUUUGAAUCUUCAGAAAUAAAUAUCUCCUUUA